AUGAGUGAACAUCGAGUCAAUGCUGCACAAGACGCGGUCAUUAAAGUAUUGGUCCUUGGGGAUGCAGCUACGGGAAAAACGAGUAUUAUUAAACGAUAUGUGCAUGACGCUUUUUCCGAACACCAUCGGACGACAAUUGGUGUGGAUUUUGCACUUAAAGCAGUGACUGUAUCGGGUACAACUGUCCGUCUGCAACUGUGGGACAUUGCCGGCCAAGAACAUUUUCGAGCUCUUAAUCGAGUUUACUAUAAAGAUGCAUUGGGAGCAUUAUUGGUGUACGAUAUGUCUCGUCCAGAGACGUUUGACAGCAUUCUCAAGUGGAAGAAGGAGAUUGAUGCCAAAGUGGAGCUACCUAAUGGUAAAUCCCUGCCAGUCAUUUUGUGUGGUAAUAAGUGUGACCUGAAGGACGACGUUGACCGGGAAUUCUUGGACGAAUUCUGUAAGACGAACAACUUUACGGGCUGGUUUGAUACCUCGGCGAAAGGAAAUAUCCACAUUGAUGAUGCUGCCAAGGCAUUGGUAACGGGUAUAUUGGAACAUCAGGAUAUUUUCGAGCGAAAGUCAGAAGCGAAGAAACGCAAUGAAACGUUUCGUCCCACGAGUGCUGCCAAUGGAGGCAAUGCAAACCGAUCCAAUUGGUGCUGCAACAGCUUUUAA